CACACAUCACACCAGCCAGCAACGUUCUCUCCUUCCUUCUUGUCUUGGUUGUGUCGACAACGUGUGUCUGCUUCGUGCUUCGACGUGAGACACCCAGCCAGCGUGUACGAUUCAACAGCAACAGCAAGCGAGCAAACCAAGCAACCCAAGCUCAACAAGCAAAGCAACAGUCUUUCUCUUCUUUCUCGGUUCCACUCUCGUCAGGCAACCACUGCCAUCAUGAGUGAACAGAAGCAGCAGCAGCAGCAGCAUGGCGAAAUUGAUGAGGGCCUGUAUUCGCGUCAGCUCUAUGUCCUCGGUCAUGAGGCCAUGCGCAAGAUGCAAGCCGCUCAUGUCCUCAUCUCUGGCAUGAACGGCGUUGGCGUCGAAAUUGCCAAGAACGUCGUGCUUGGCGGUGUCAAGUCCGUCACCAUCCACGACGAGAACCCCGUGUCGUUGCGCGACCUUUCCAGCCAGUUCUUCUUGCGCGAGGCCGAUGUGGGCAAGAACCGCGCGGCCGUGACCGCAGACCGCCUCGGCGAGCUCAACCCGUACGUGCCUGUCAAGGUGCUGACAGGCGAGCUGACAGAGGAGGCCAUCAAGCCCUUCUCCGUGAUUGUGCUCACUGCCAGCACGCUGGACGAGCAGCUCCGCAUCGACGCCGCCGCCCGCGCCUCCAAGAAGGCCGUCGUCGUCGCCGAGACCCGUGGCCUCUUCGGGCAAGUGUUUUGCGACUUUGGCCCGUCGUUUGUGGUUACGGAUGCCAAUGGCGAGGAGCCCGCGAGCGUGAUGCUUGCCUCCAUCUCCCGCGACAAGGACGGCAUUGUCACGUGCCACGACGAGGGCCGCCACGGGUUUGAGGACGGCGACUACGUUGUGUUCUCCGAGGUGCAGGGCAUGACGGAGCUGAACGACGGGAAGCCGCGCAAGAUCACCGUCAAGGGCCCGUUUACCUUCUCCAUCGGCGACACCACCAACAUGUCCGAGUACGUCCGUGGCGGUGUGGCCACGCAGGUCAAGCAGCCGACCACCGUCACCUUCAGCUCCCUGGAAGAGAGUCUGAAGAACCCGGAGUUUCUCCUCUCCGACUUUGCCAAGUUUGACCGCCCGCUGAUGCUCCAUGUCGCCUUCCAGGCACUGGAUGCGUUCCGCAAGCAGGAGGGCCGCCUCCCGCAGGCCGGCAGCAGCGGUGACGGGGACAAGUUCAUGGCGCUUUUCAACGACAUGAACAGCAAGCGCGAGUCCAAGGCGGAGGUGGACGAGCGGGUGCUGCGGCUGUUUGCGUCGCAGGCCACCGGCAGCGUCUCCCCAAUGGACACCGUCAUCGGCGGCAUUGCCGCCCAGGAAGUCAUGAAGGCGUGCAGCGGCAAGUUCAUGCCCAUCCGCCAGCACUUUUACUUUGACAGCCUCGAGUGUCUGCCGGAGGAGGGCGACCCAACGGACCUCGACCCGACUGGCACGCGGUACGACGGGCUGAUUGCCACGUUUGGGCAGACGUUUUUGAAGAAGCUGAAGCAGCAGAAGUGGUUCCUUGUUGGUGCGGGCGCCAUCGGCUGCGAGCUCCUCAAGGUCUUUGCCAUGCUUGGCCUCAGCGCAAGUGAGGAAGGAAAGCUGAUUGUGACGGACAUGGACACAAUUGAGAAGUCCAACCUCAACCGCCAGUUCCUCUUCCGCCCCUGGGACGUCACCAAACUCAAGUCUGACGUCGCAGCUGCGGCCGCCAAGGCCAUGAACCCCGAGCUCAACGUCGUUGCACACGCCAACAAAGUUGGCCCCGACACCGAAGCGCUGUACAACGACGAGUUCUUUGAGAGCCUGGACGGCGUCGCCAAUGCGCUCGAUAACGUCGAAGCACGCCAGUACAUGGACUCGCGGUGUGUGUUCUACGAGAAGCCGCUGCUUGAGUCUGGCACGCUCGGCACCAAGGGCAACACCCAGGUUGUCAUCCCGCACCUCACAGAGUCGUACUCCUCCUCCCAAGAUCCUCCUGAGAAGUCGAUUCCGCUGUGCACGCUGAAGAGCUUCCCGUACAAGAUUGAGCACACGCUGCAGUGGGCUCGCGACCUGUUUGAGGUCAUGUUCAAGCAGACGCCCGAGAACGUCAACAUGUACCUCCGCCAGAGCGACUACCUGGAGAACGUCAUGAAGAAGCCCGGCUCUGAACCUCUGGAGACGCUCGAGUCUCUCAAGGAGUCACUCGUCACGCACAAGCCGCUGUCCUUUGACGACUGCAUCACGUGGGCUGUGCAGAAGUUUACGAAGCUGUACCGCGACUCCAUUAUGCAGCUGCUGCACAACUUCCCGCCAGACCGCCUCACCUCGGAGGGCGUCCCAUUCUGGUCCGGCACCAAGCGCUGCCCCUCCCCGCACGAGUUUGACCCCGAGAACCCGCUGCAUCUCGACUUUGUGAUUGCUGCAGCCAACCUGCGGGCGAACGUGUUUGGUCUCAAGGGCACGCGCGACGUCGCCACCUUCAAGAACGUCCUCUCAACCAUCUCCGUGCCCCCAUUCGUCCCAAAGGAAGGCGUGAAGAUUGAGACUGACGAGAAGGCUGCGCAGAACCAGAACCAGACGCCCGUGUCUGACACGGAGGAGCUGCGGACCAUUGCCGCGUCGCUGCCGCCGCCAAGCAACCUCGCCGGCUACUGCGUCAACGAGCAGGACUUUGAGAAGGACGACGACUCAAACUUCCACAUGGACUUUGUCACCGCCGCCUCAAACCUCCGCGCCACCAACUACAAGAUUGAGCCCGCAGACAAGCACAAGUCCAAGGGCAUUGCUGGGCGCAUCAUCCCUGCCAUUGCCACCACCACCGCCGUCGUCUCCGGUCUCGUCGGCCUCGAGCUCUGCAAGAUUAUCAAUGGCGCAAAGAAGAAGGAAACGUACAAGAAUGGCUUUGUCAACCUCGCCCUCCCGUUCUUCGCCUUCUCCGAGCCCAUGCCUUGCCCCAAGAAGGAGUACAAGGGCAAGGAGUUUACGCUUUGGGAUCGCUUCGACGUCGACGCAAACCAGACGCUCAAGCAGUUUAUCGAAAGCUUCGAGAGCGAGCACGGGCUUGAGGUUGGCAUGAUGUCGUGCGGCGUGUCCAUGCUGUACUCUGGAUUCAUGAUGUCCGCCCAGAAGCGCGAGCACCGCCUCGGCCUCACGCUGAAGGAGCUUGUUGAGGAGGCGUCGAAGCAGCCGCUGGGCGAGCAUGUGCGGCGGUUUGUGCUGGACGUCAUGGCCGAAGAUCCGGACACGGGCGAGGACGUCGACACCCCCUUUGUUGUCGCCCACAUUGACAAGAAAUAACGACGCACCACGGCACGGUUGUGUUGCGGAGUGCCCUGUGUUUGGUGGCGCUGUAGCUGUCAACAAUGGCGCUGCCUGUUUCCCUCCUUUCCUCUUCCCUCGUUGCUGUUUGUGUGUUGCACGUUGAACAUCACUGUCCUCCACCGCGCAUAUCGUUGCGUGUGUGUAUGUGUGUGUGUCUGUUGAGAUUCUUUUGCUCGCUUGAUGGGUAGCACCAGUUUCCUCCCAACCACAAUCUCAAUGUCACAACCCAAUGAAACACCCACUUACGACCCA